CGUCCUGCGUUUGCGCAGUGUAAGCGUGUCAGUGUGGAGACAGCUGCUAGUCAUGGCAAGGCUGCUCUAUUAAUUUCAUCUGUGCAAUGGAAGCCACGCAGCUCAGGAUGAGCUGAAAACCAAAUACUGGGAUUCCGGCCGGCUCAGUGUGUUACAGGAGUGGCAUGAAGAGUCGGGCACACCUUUUUGCUAGUGCCAUGCGCUUGUUUGUGCGAUGUUUCCGACUGGGCCGAAGGCGAGGCCAGAAUAAACUAAUUCGAAGACUCCGGGAGCUGUGGAGCUAUGGGAGGCUGUGCCUGAAGUCUUUAUUCUACAACUCCUUCACAAACUCGGACACCAUCAUUGAUUCCCUCUUUGAACCCAUCUACUGGUUGGUGGAUCAUAUCACUCGUUGGUUUGGAGUGGCAUUUGUAUUUCUGGUGAUUGUCCUGACCAGUUCCAUCGUGCUCAUCGUCUACAUCUGCCUGCUGCCACUAAUUUUGCAUACAUAUAGUCUAGCCUGGAUUCUGUGGCAUAUUUUUUAUGGACACUGGAAUUUGCUCAUGAUCGUAUUCCAUUAUUACAAAGCAGCCAGAACCUCCCCAGGUUACCCACCCCAGAUAAAAAGUGAUAUCCCUUCAGUGUCCAUUUGCAGAAAGUGCAUUACGCCAAAGCCAGCCAGAACACAUCACUGCAGCAUAUGUAACAGAUGCAUACUUAAAAUGGACCAUCACUGUCCUUGGCUAAAUAACUGUGUGGGGCAUUUCAAUCAUCGCUACUUCUUUUCAUUUUGCCUUUUUAUGACCAUGGGCUGUGUGUACUGCAGUAUCAGUAGUCGCAAUAUGUUCAUUGAUGCCUACAAUGCUGUAGAGCAAAUGAAGAGUGAAGUUCUUGAGGGUCCUGGGGUAAUGGUGACUGAAACGGGGCUCAUUUUCAGCAUUCUGCCUCUAGGAUUCCUGUCUGGGCAGACUUACUACCAGACUCCACCUCCUCCUUACACCUCAAAAGAGAGGAUAUUUCACAAGUGUGUUAUUUACCUUUGGGUGCUCUGCAGCUCAGUGGCAUUAGCACUUGGAGGUCUGACGCUUUGGCAUGCCAUGCUCAUCUCUCGUGGUGAAACAAGUAUUGAAAGGCACAUAAAUCGCAAGGAGCAACAUCGAAUGCAGAAAAAAGGGAAGACCUUUAGGAACCCGUUCAAUUAUGGACGGCUACAUAAUUGGAAAGUUUUUCUUGGUGUGGAAACAAGAAGCCAUUGGUUGACCAGAGUUCUUCUACCUUCAGGACACCCUCCAUAUGGAGAUGGUUUGACAUGGACCCACUAUCCCAUUUCUACCAGGAACACAAUGCUGGCAAUUUAAACUUACUUUCUUCCACACCACUCCGUGCCACCAACAGAUGGGCGAGCAAGACUGUUUACCUACAAGAUUCUGCAUUAAAGUACUCAUCCCCAGCUUUCUGCACUGCCAAAUCAAUGUCACACAAGCUGUGGGUUUUUUUUUUUUUUUUUUAAUAAUGUACUUGAAUAAGUCUGAAAUAUCUAAUUUACAGUUGAACUAUGCAUUUUUACAACUGACUGAUGUAAAUGUAUGUUAAGUGUUUUGUGAACACCUUUUUUAUUUUAAACCAUGAUUAUCAAGAGAAUUUGAAAUUAAUUUUCAGGUAAUUACUACUAAACACAAAUGUGUCUCUUCUUCUGAGGAAAGUUGUGCUAUAUUUAAAGGGCAGUUUAACAUGGAUGGAUACACUUUUAUCCAUACACUGAUUUUGAAACUGAACAGAUUAGGUAAACAUGUACAUCUUUUUGUGAGGUAUGUAUCAACAGUCAUCCAUAAGAGAUCAUGCAAAUUAAUACCUUCCUCAAAUAUACUGUUGUUCCUCCCCACCCCCAAUGAUGGUAAACAUUAAUAGAAUAAUGUGAACUGACCCAGUUUGUUUUUUUAGCACAAUCUCAGUGUAUCAUGUAUUAUAUCAGUACAAACUUGACUUUUCAGCUACUGCAACUUGAGCCCAACUCAGAUGCAAUAAGGAUAAUCCAAGAUGGGUUCCAGGCUACUAUAUAAUACACACAACCAAUUGGAGCUGUGCUCCACUGGGGAAUUAAUUUCAUUGUAUGUUUCUGCUUUAUUUUGAUUUUGAUAAUUAAAAUAUUUCAGGAGUUUUCUUAAAUUUCA